UGCGUGUUGGUCACACGCGGCGUAUGAGUGAUAUCUGCGGUGGGUCAAAUUCGUUUUAUUGGAUUUUUGGCGCAAGUAAGCACACAAAAAGCCGGCUAAAGUGUCGCUCCUCGUGUGUGUUUGUGUGUUGACGGAAAUACUUUGAGCAAUCGAAAGCAAAAAAAAAAUACAAAAAAAUAUAGAGAGAGGGAAUAAAAAAAACCAAAAGAAAAAGUCUUGGAAAAUUAACUUGGCCCAUUCGUUAUAUUGCGAGUAUUGUUCUUAGUGGUUAUAUAUUUUGUUUGGUUUCUGCCCAGGCCCCCUGCCAGCCCAAAAGUAGGUUAAUUGACGUGUGUUGUGGGCGUGUAUCUACGGGGGAAAUAAUAAAAAUAUAUAUACUACGUACGAAAACAAAUAAGAGAGCUGCUUGCUGUCCUCGGUGAAGUGGUCAAUUGCCCCAGCCAGAGGCCCCUGAACCCAUCUACUACAGUAUAUCAUAAGGGUGUGAGCCUUGGCCCGAGCUUAUUAAAGGCAGGUGGGCAGGAUCCAGGAGAAGGAGCAGGAGCAGGAGCAGCCAAUGCAACCUGCACAGCAGACAUCAUUAGACGUGAAUAGCAACCACACAAAAUGCUGAUACUGCUGCCGCUGCUGGGGAUUUUUGGUAAUGCUCUCGUUGCUGAAGUCGAGGCCAGUCUGAGUCUGGGCUUUAAGGCCAUCAAAUUGCCCAGGCAUCCCAAUCCGGCCAAUUGCAGCGUGGGCAACACAACAUUCGCACAUGGAGUCACAUUUAAAUUGGAUUGUAAAACUCAAUGCGUUUGCGAGAAUGGCCGCCACGCCUGCUCGACGCUCUGUCCCAAUGAGCAGCUUCCGGCGCCGGAGGAUACGAUUUCCUGCCGAUCGCCGCGCCUCGUCGAAGUUCCCGGCCACUGUUGCAAGAUGUGGCUCUGUGAGAAUCCUACAGCUGAUGUCUACGCCACCUGCCACAAUAGCACCACCAGCGGCAACUGGACGGACUGCAGCAGGAGCUGUGGCCUGGGCACCGCCACGAGGCACACCUCCACGCACGCGGGCUGCCAUCAACUGAGCAAUUUGCGGCUUUGCGAGAAUCGCAGGUGCGACAAGGAGGACAAUAAGAGGAGUGGAAGCUACCACCCAUUAACGCCUAAGCGGAAGCUCCACCACUCGAAGACCCCCUCCCAUUCCCACUCCCACCAUCAUCAUCAUAAUCAUCAUCAAGCGGAGCCUGAACACAGGAUACGUAAGGGCCACGAGUGCCGUAGCAUUCAGCGCCUCGGUCCGGCCAGGAUCCGGCUGGGCGAGUGCAUCUCCCGUAAGCUGUAUCGACCGAAGCUCUGCGGGCGCUGCCAUCGGGGGAUCAAGUGCUGUGCCCCGGCGGUCUCCACCACGAUACAGGUCGAGCUGUUGUGUCCUUUAAAUGCUGUCGAUCCAAUUAACUACGUACAACAGCGGGAAAAGGCCAGAAAAAGGCAACUGAAGGAGCACCAAAGGUCCAAGGAUGAGGACGACUACUACGGUGAUGAAGAGGAGCAGGAGGAGGAUGAGGAGCAGGCGGACCAGGAGGACCUGCCGGAGAAUGCACAGUUAUGGGAUACGGUCGCCUUGGAGCCAAUCGAUCAGGAAUUCCUGCAAUCACAUCAGAUACAAAUCGAGAAUAAAUUCAUUGCCGUCGAAUGGAUACUGAAAUGUGAAUGCAGCACGAAUCAUUGCAACCAAAACAAGGCCAACAACAGCAGCAACAGCAACGCCAACGACAACAUGUCUAACACAAAUAAAUAUGGUUAUUACAAUUUCGAAAACACUCACCAUGGCGGCCGGAACCACGAAAUUAAUGGCGAACCAAAUGAGCCAAAAAACAACGAAGAGGAGGAUGUGGCUGCGGCUGUGCCAGACAGCAAGAACAACAUGAACAGCGACCGCAACGAGGUGGACAACUCGUCCUCGGAACAACAACCGGAUAUUAUACCAUAUCCUUUGGGCGUGGGCGAGUCCAGUUGGAAGGCCGAAAAGCUUCGGGAGCAGCAGCGCUACCAGCAGGAGCAACAUCAACACCGCUGGCAGCAACUCACAUAGCGCAAAGGCACCAACAACAUGGCCCAAUAAUACAAUACACUGGCUCUGAUCUGAUCCAGAGAGGAUAUCUAGGAAGGCGUAGACUCUAAGAUUUGUACAGCAUAGCGAUACUUAAGGUUCCCCUGGAUGGUUAGGAUUGUAAAGGAAAAAUAAGCGUCGGUUUAGGAUUUGAACAUAUCGAGGCAGUAAGUUUAGGUAUGUGAACGAUAUAAUAGGGUUAGGAUUAAACCAAGGGCGUAAGGAACAAAAAAAAAAGAAGAAAAACUGCGAGUGGAACACAAGCCGAAUAUUACAAAUAUUUUUGCAAGCAUCUAUACACAAAAACGCGAAAAAAAAAAUAUAUAUAUUGAGGUAAAAAUAAAACGCUAAUGAAGGAAUUUUCAGAAAAACAUUUGAAUGAGAAAUGCUGCCCAAUAAUAACGUAUAUAUAUAUGGUAAAAAUAUAACUGGCCGAUUAAAUUAGAGCUUCGGAAAUAUAGUGGAAAGGGAAUAUAAGUUCUAGGUAGGUUUUUGGCUGAGUGAAUAGGAAUCUGUUUUUGGUUAUUUCAUCUUCAGGGUAUUUUUAGUUUAUGUUAAGUUCUUAAAUUAAUUUUUCCCUGAAGUUUAUAAAGAAAAAUUGUAUUUUUUAUUAAUCAUCUAGGAUUUUUACCUGUAACAUUUUUUUUU